GCCAUUACGCACGGUUACUUUGAGGGAUGUGGGAUCAAAGCUGAUAUCCUCCCUGGAGGCGCUGACUGGGUUUUGGUAUUAUCCUUCAUCUGGAAUAUCUAAACCACCUACUAAUCCCAAGAGAAGAUGGACCCAACAACAAAUGCAAUGCACAUUGACGUUCGCACGCAAGCUCGAACACCCGACGGACACGGCUUUUAUAUCCGCUACAAGGGCAUCAUAAAGCUAGACGAAAAGGCCAAAAGUGUCAUUGGAGGAGGGCCCAAUGUCGGAUCAACUCAGUUUGGAGAUCACGAAUGGUUUACUACUCCUAUUCUUGAAACAAGUCAUCCUGAUCUGAAGUGGGUUGAGGAGUCGGUGUUUGUUGCUCAGGGUCGUUUUGUUGUUGAGCAGGAAAUGCCGAAUGCGAUGGAGUAUCGGAUUUGUAGGGUUGUCAUUUAGAUAUUAUCAGUCUCAUAGACUAAUUUGGAU